UCUUCAUCUGUGAGAAGUAAAUUACAAUCAAAGCCAAAAGCAAUGAAGAAAAGGAGAGUUCCAAUGAUAGACCAGUUUCAUUCUACUACUCACCCCUUCAUUGUGGACGUUGUUGAUGUUGUGGCUGAUGGUCACUGUGGGUAUAGAUGCAUUGCUGCGUUGUUGGGACUCGGAGAAGAUUCAUGGCCCGUUGUGAGGAAUGAGUUGUACAAAGAACUCAGUGCUUGGCGUGAUGAAUAUGCAAGCCUAGUAGGAGGCUAUGAUAGACUAGAAGAACUGAGGUCCUCUUUGUUGGUGCAGUCACUGUCCGCGGCUAACACGAGCAAGUGGAUGACAUUACCAGACAUUGGUUAUGCAAUUGCUAACCGAUAUAACGUUAUCUUAGUGUGUUUGUCAUACUCUCAAAAUUAUACUAUCUUUCCACUACGUUCCACACCACCUUCUGAUAUCACUCAACAUCGCUUAAUUUGUAUAGGACAUGUUCAUAGAUGUCAUUUUGUGCAGGUUAAGCUACAAGAAGGUUGUCCGUUGCCCACGGUGAAUAUCAUGUCCUCAACCCACUGUUAUCCUGAGGCACGAGCAUGGUCAUCUAUUUAUACUAGUAGGAUGCACGCAUUUGAACAGUUGAUGGACAUAACAACAUCUUAUGUUGACUUAGGUGAUUCAUGAUAUUUAUAUUAUGUAUGAAGAUAUGUAGAAAUACACUAUUAUAUUUUGUUAUUUAAGUACUUAUUGUCAGUAUUCAUGACAAUUAUAUUUUUAUUAUUCGUGAUAUUUAUGUAGUAUUUAUUUAUAUAUGAUCAUAUUUAUAUUA